UGAAAGGUCAAAUGUCUCAGGAAGAACAGAGUUAAAACAGAAAGUCAAAGCAUGUUUGUAUUGUCAGAAAUGUAGGACUGCACACAUCAGCCUCACACAAACAAAACACUCACCGCCAUGAGCUGAAAGAAAACUCCUGCCCACAGCUUAUUCUCUUUCAUGUCAGUGAAAUGAGCACCAUCAGAUCAUCAUUGUGCAACAUGAAAGCAUGUCAGCAAAUUCACAGAACAGAUGAAAACAGACCUGUGCUCUUCAUUUGUGCUAUGAGCGUUUCACGGUUGGCAUAGUAACAACAGCUUAAUGCAUUUAACGCUGUGCCCCACCAUCUACCUGUCUGUCUGUCUGUCUACCAUCUGUCUAUCUUUAUAUCUGCAUAACUGUAACAUGUCAUGUGUGUGAUGUUGCGAACUGAUCUGCUUAUUGAGGUGUGUUGGCUUGUUGACUGGUUUCCAUAGCAACUCAACACAACAUGGAGUUCCUGCGCUGGAGCAGUGAGGAUGUGGCGCGUUGGAUCGAGUCUAUCGGAUUCCCCCAGUAUCAGGCGUGUUUCACUCAGAAUUAUAUCACGGGCAGAAAACUGAUUCAUGUCAACUGCUUCAACCUGCCACGACUGGGAAUCACCGACCUCCAGCAUAUGAAGCUGAUCUCAGCUCAGGUCCGAGAACUGCUGGGCGUCUCAGAGCCGCACUGGGACCGGAGCAUCGCGGAUCCCCUUCACGAUGACAGGACGGUUUUCCUGCAGACGAAGAGCAAGAGCGGCCGGCAGGCAGAUUCCCUCACUUAUGAGCAUUUCCUCAAUAACAAGAGCAGAUGAAGCAAACUCAGCCCGUCCAUCCAUCAGCAGCUGCUUGUGAAGAUUCAGUGUGUGAUUUUGAAAAAUGUGAUUCCUGCGUUAAACAGCUGCUGAAAACACGUCUGUAUGCAUCAUUACAUUCUCAGAACAUUCUGGCAAGGUUCUCUCAAAGUUAUGAACAAAUGUUCUUCCAGUAACAUUAAUUGAUUCAGCGUUCAUUUAAAGUUAAUCUGGCCUUUAAUAAUGUUCUCAAAAUGUUAGUUAUACAUCAUUCAUGGAAUGUUUUUCAUCUAAAUCAUUUUAGUUGGUUCUUUGUCUAACAUUUUUUAAAUGUUACAUGUUUCAGAAUGUUUGCAAAAUUAUAAAAUUAAAUGUUCCCUUAAUAUUUUCACUGGUAUGUGCACUGCA